UGCACCUCUCAUCGUCGCUUAGAUCUGAUCAACGUCAUGCCUGCAAUGAAAGCAGUCAAACAUUUACACUACAGACAGCUGUGACACUGGCAAAACAUCACUGACUCCAGCCAUCAUCCGGAUCGGUCAAAAUUUCUGAUUACACGGCUUUGUCAUGGCAGCAUACGUGAUCCCCGUUAGAUUCGAGUCUCAGUGAAAGAGGUGAAGAUGGAAGGUCCACAAGUUGUCAACACUGAUGGCAACUCCUUGCUUAAGGCUGUCUAUCUAAGUCGUCUCCGUCUCACACGGCUACUCCUGGAAGGAGGCGCUUAUAUUAAUGAGAGUAACGAGUGUGGCGAAACACCCUUGAUGGUCGCCUGCAGGAGCAGGCAUAUGGACCACCAAAGUGUCUCGAAGGCGAAGAUGGUUGGGUACCUGCUUGAAAGUGGUGCUGAUCCGAACAUCCAAGACAAGAGUGGGAAGACGGCUCUAAUGCAUGCCUGUUUGGAGCAAGCCGGUCCUGAGGUGGUGGCGCUGCUCUUGGGUAGCGGGGCGGAUCCAUGUCUCGAGGACCACACCGGUUCUUCGGCUCUGAUAUACGCCAUCAAUACUAGCGAUGAAGAAACUCUUAAAAUCUUGAUGGAUGCCUGCAAAGCCAGAGGAAAAGAAGUCAUCAUCAUCACCCCUGACAAACUUGCAUGCGGAAGGCAAACUUCAAAACAGUACCUCCCUAUUCCUCCUCUUGCAAUGGUGGAACAAUGGAGUUCUACAAUUGUUCCCUGUGCUUCUCCGUCUGAUAUUCUCCUCAGUACCUCUCCACAGGGUACUCUUUCUUCUAGUCUUACAGAGCACAUGUUUUCAUUCCAGGACCUCCAAAGUAUGACCAACUCCCAGCCAACUUCUCCAUCCCACCAGGUCCCCCUGGUAAAGAGUCGGUUGAGCAAAAUCCUCAAUCUCCAAAGAUUACACUCCGAGCCUUGGCUGAAGAUCCCACAGUCUUUCUUGGCCCAACAGCAUGUCAAAAGCACCUCCGCUACGGAGGAACUCCCGGACAUCACGCCCGAAGAGGAAAUGACUUUCAGAAUGAAGAGAUUGGCUUUUGAUAACACGCUACUAUCACGGCAUUGCAGUGUUGAUUUGAAAGAAGCCAACUCUUUGAGUCAAACUCCACGGCAAGGAAGCAACAGUGAAUGUUUAAGACUGGAAGGAUCACUAUGCCGAAACAUGUCCUUUGAUAGCUUAUCAUCCCUGCACUCUUUAUCCCAUCCCAAUCUUCACUGCAAAAGCAGUGCGGAAGCUUUACCGGCUGAGAAGGAUCCGGACAAAUCCCUGCCAAAUUUGGCCAUGUCCAGUCUCCGUAAUAUCAUCCAGAGGAGGAAACUAGGAAUGGACCACUACAGCUCCGAUUCCCAACUAUCGGUGAGCCUCGCCAACUCUCCAGAAGACCGUAAAGGACAGUUAGAGAAGAGAAAACUUGCUAACUCGCGUUCUCCUACUUUGGUGGGCUCCAGGGAAUCUCUUGAGAGCGCUUCGUUGACGCAGUUGCACAGGAGGAAUCCCAUCAGCUACGAGCGGCGAGGCUCCGGGGCGCUUUUGGAUCCCAUCUCCCAUCCUCGAGCUGGUUUCCUCCCUCCGCUGAACCAGCAUACACCAAUCCCAAACAUCACCGGAAGUGGCAACCCAAGCAGCAUCAGCUCCAGCAACAAAGCAGUUUGUGGCGUACCGGCAGUGGCAAAGCCCUGCAUUCCCUCGGCUCCUGCCGGUUUUCCAAAGGAUCUCAAGACCAGGAGGAUGCUGAUGAGAAGACACUCCAUGCAAACCGAGCAGCUCAAGCGACAUGGUGACUUCACAGAAAUUUUUGGACACUGAAUGGUUGCCACUGUUAUAAACAGUAACAAAGGCAUUGAUUUGCACUGACACCACAUAAUUGCUGGUCCCUCAAACUGAACAAAAAGCCUCUAUACUUUUCAGUCUAAUCAA